AUGACCCCUGAUCCACCGGAUGAUGAUAAGUGUCAAGUAUCAAUGUGUUGCCAAGCACAUUUUACUUACUGUCCACAUUGUAAAUUAUUUGUAUGUAUAGAACAUCUUAAUGAACAUUAUGCUAAUUAUAAACAAGAAUAUCAAGUUUUAUUAAAUGAUGGUAAACAACAACAAAUUUUAAAUAAACAAUUUAUUGAUGAUAUUGAAACAGAAAAACAAAAAUUAGUUAAAUUUUUUAAUCAAGAAAUAGAAUAUUAUCAAGUAAACGAUAGAUAUUUUCAUGAAAAAACAGUACAAACAACGAUUAGACCGCAAGAUUGUGCUGAUCUACGUUUACAUAUUUCAGAAUCAUCACAAAAGCGUUUACAAUUCAAAAAAUUUAUGCAUCAAAUUCAUCAAUUAAUUAAUGAUUGUGAUUAUCAUCAACCAAAUGGAGUAACAAAUGAAAGUUCUAGUCCAUUAUUAAGAGUGAAGAAUGAAGAAAUUAUUACUAAACCUAGAAUAAAUAAAUCAUCACCUUUAGCACAAUUUUCUAUUGAUUACGAAGAAAUUGAUGAUGACGAUGAUGAUGAUGAUGGUACUGCUACACCAGAACAGAAUACAAAUGGUCAUUCUUUGCAUGACCAACAAGAAAAAUCAAACAUUCCAAAUGGUAAAACCUCAGGUAUUACUAACAAUAGUAGAAAAGAAGGGCCAAGUACUGACAGAAAAGAUAGUCUUGAUGAACCAUCUCGAUCAGACGAAGAAAUAGAUGAAGAUGAUGAAUCAGAUAAUGAUAAUCUUGGUUCUGAUCCUGAUUUUGGUGAUAGUGGUCGAACAGUUACUACAAGUAUACGUCGUAAAAGAGAUGUUUCAUCACCGAAACCAGCGGUAAAUCAUUUUCAAGUUGGUACAUGUCCAUUAGCCGACAAAUUAUACGGCAUUGAUACAAAUAAACAUCAAUUACGUCAUGUACCGUGUUCACGUAGUAAUAUAUCGUCCAUUUAUUUGUUUACACAUUUACGUGUUUUCCAUUGUCUUAGCUCAAAAGCUUCAUUACGUCUUGUCCGUCACAUAAUGUAUAAUGGUUGUGAACGUGAUGCUGAUCUUUUUUCACAAUCAACAGAAUCACUUGUAAGUAUAUUACCAAAAUCAUAUCGUGGCCGUUGUCCAUUAACAAAAUUAGGUGUAUUUGGUUUAACUAAAUAUCAUGAUAUAAGAUUAUGUGAAGAAAGUCAAACUCAUGAAAAUACAGGUUUAUUAAAUCAUUUUGUUGUUUAUCAUUGUCUUUCAUAUCCAUGGGCCAAUAAAUUAUGCAAUGCAAUGCAAGCAGGAGAUGCCGAUGGUAGCCGACAAACUUUAUUUAAACCAAAUGAACCAAUAAAAGCAAAAAAAUGGUUAACAGCACAAGGAAAACUUAUACUUGCUAAACGUUAUUCAUCAGUACGAAAACGUAAAAAAAAACCCACAAUUAAUAAAAGAAAAAAAUGA